AGAGGAGAGAGUGAAGCUGCAGCAGCCAGCAGAUAAAAGCUUUUUCUCUCCGUCUGCUGGCGUCUGCGAGCCGCGGAUAAAACCAAGCCGUGCAGCCGGCAGAGGGAGCGGCGGAUCUGGUCUGCCUGCCGCCGGUUCGCCAGGCCUCAAACCACAAAUAGGGACAGAUCUGAGCUGAUCGGAGGGACCGCCCAACAACGCAGAAACACUCGGUGCCGUUCCAGCCUCCAGCGUAUCAAUCGGAUCGGCUUCUCUGAAGGUUUCGUUUCAGCCGGAGACACCUCGCGUCUUUGUUUCUGGGAGGACGCAAUGUUUUAGGCUCCUCUGCGGUCCUACGUGAUGCUCUGGACUAUCCUUCACCGGAGUCUGAAUCUUUUUGGCUCUGCUCCAGAUUCGCUGCACAUCUGCACAAGAAGAAGCUAACUGAUGACCAGAACUGCUUUCUGUUUCGACUUCCCAGCCUGGGAGUCCAGAGGCCUGUUCCUAAUUAGGAAAAAACAGACUUGAGGAGUUAAGGGGACUGUGGACGUGUUUUUGACAUACUGAUCCAAGUCCUGCCCUCGUCCUGCAAACUGUGGGGUUUUCCAGCUGUUGCAUCGUCGCACUGCACCACCUGAUGAGGAGAUGGGGCUCCUGAGUUCCAAAGGGCUUCUGGCAAAAUGACAACUUUAAACCUCAGGGAAUGAGAUGGAGUGGAAAGUCUUGUGAUCCCAGCUUUUCAGAACUGCAAAGUCAUAUUCAGACUUUUAAUUGCCACCACACUGAGGAUAAAAACAUGUGUCAGAAGAGCCAAAUCAUCACAGGAGAAAUCUCCUGAACGGUUCGGAUUAGACGUGAGGAGCGGUGGAAAUCAGACUGAGUCUUUAGUAAGCUGUCAGAGUAUUGGCUGGACUUCCUGCAAUCUGUUGCAGCAUUGGCUGAUGGCUCCCUCUGUCACACACAUCCAGACUGCAGGACGUGCAGCAGGAAUACCAUGGGAAGACUCUAUAUACUGAUCUCUCUUCUUCUCUGCUGCAUUAACAUUACCACAGCGUGGUCUGUGGAUCAUUAAUUCAUGAGCUUAGAUAGAGCUCUAGCUCUUGGAUCCCUUCAUACUGGUUCUGUUGAUUGGAAUGAAACGGGAGCAGAUCAGAAGGUUUUUCUCACCUUGAGAUAUAGCUGUCUUCAAUUUUCCUGGGACUUUUAAUGAUUGAUGGAAGAUGAGACUAGAAAACAAGUUGACAUUGGCUGUGUAUUGAAGGCGGGACGGCUGGAGAAUCCCAGAUAGGAUGAAAGUGACUCUGAUGUGUUGCCUUAGACUAGCUACCAAUAAAUCCGAGUCCUAAGCUGGACUGAGCUGAUUUCCACCUGUCUCCUUUCACAGGACAAACGGACUGGAGAAUAUUCUUCCUGGAUUGAUAUUUUGGAAGGUAGCGAAGUAAAAACCAGCCUCUCGUUCAACGCUUUGCUUCAUUCAGAGGGUCUGGGCUCUCGGCUAUUGAGCGACAGUUGCUUCCUCGAGGUGCAACUGUUGCUCUGAAGUUUUCAUCUUUUGCCUGUGACGUAUGUAACGUGCCAGUUCAACGCAGUGAAGCUUGCCAAGAAGUGCCGAGCUGAACAAGAUGACUGUCAAUGGUCAUUCAAUAUUUGGAAGCUUGACCAACAUUCGCUUCCCUCGCUGCCAUUGCUAAAACUACAAACGGUGCAGAAAAUCAUUCACAAGUCCUUCUGUUUGCUAACUGGCCCCGUUGAAUCCAACUCAGUGGGAGAAAGCCUGGAGAUUUGAAUCAAGAGGAUUGGCGCAGGAAGGCAAUGGCCAGACCUUAGAGGUUGAUCUUUCAGCUUAGCUUUUCGCUGCCUUCAUUCUUCCCCGGGGCAUCACCAGAGACAUGGGGAAUUCAAUGGGUUGCGUUCGGCCUCUUCGGGAGGGCGAUCCAGACGGCGCACCGACCCUGACACCAAAGAAACGUCUUCGCUUCAGACGUAAGCAGAAGGGCAAUAAGAACCGGAGGGCUGGGGAGGAGAAACAGACCUGGGUCCAUGAGUCCGACGAGGUCGACCUGGUGAAGGAGAAAAAUCCUGAAGGUGCGGAGUGCAGCAGAACAGUGCCUGAAUCCCAUUUAAGUCAUUCCAGAACCGAUCCACACAGCAAUACUUUGUCUCCCAGCUCUAUGGGCGGACUGUUGAGCAGCCGAAUACUCGAAGCGACUCCCAAGCCCAGUCCAGCCUGGAGAGGAGUCUUCUGCCUUCCUGGGGAGGAAGACACGGUCAGCGCCAUCAUUGACGUCUCCAGCAUCCCGAGCCAAACCACAGCCACCACCCCGGUCAACACGGCGUCGGCCCUGGGCAGUACCACUCCAGGAGGAGGCAGGGUCUGCCGGGUUAGGGAGAAAGUUCAAGGCAUUCUGGAAAAACCUUGGAUACACAAAAGAGAAGAGGAGAAGGAGAAAGUGAGUAAGGAUGGAGGGGGAAACAGGCCAAAGGCGGUAGUAAAGGAGCAUAAAGGUGUAGUCCACAUCCGAGAGGUGGAUGGGAAGCUCUGCGUGGUGCGGACGGUCUACCCCAGUGAUCUGGGCUCCCCGCUGCGGAAGGACAACGAGGUGGAUGUUCAUAAAGAACCUCCGGCACCAUCGCCCGCCACAGGAAACAUCCUGAAAGUUCAGCUGGUAGAAGCAGCAGGUGAUUCUCCAACAUCUUCCGGCCAUUUGCACAUCCAGGACGCCAUGAAAACUUCGUCUCUUUUCGAGUCGGGCUACUCCAGCGAUCUUCCUCUGACAUCUCCAGAAACGGCAGGUACCACUCCCAGUCAGACGGACUGGGGAGGCCUGACCAGCAGCUCGUCUGAGAAACUGGACUCUACCCUGGAGAGUCCGCUGGUGCCGCAGAAACUGGCGGCUUCAAAGCACCUGCCGCAGAUCUCAGAGAUCUACGUCUGCGGCGAGUCCGCUGACCUCACAGCCAAAGAGAAGCUGCUGCUAUGGAGCCAGCAGGCCACCGAGGGCUACCCCGGCCUCCGCUGCACCAACUUCAGCUCGGCGUGGAGCGACGGCCGCAUGUUCAACGCGCUGCUGCACAGAUACAGGCCGGACCUCAUCAACAUGGAGGCCGUGACCCGGCAGAGCAACCGGGAGAACCUGGAGCAGGCCUUCGAGAUCGCCGAAUCGCUGGGCGUGACCAGGCUGCUGGACGCCGAGGAUGUCGACGUUCCGUCUCCAGAUGAGAAGUCCGUCAUCACUUACGUCUCCUCGAUUUACGACGCUUUCCCUAAAAUCCCAGAGGGAGGAGAAGGCAUCGCUGCACAGGAAGUGGACCAGCGCUGGUCGGAGUACCAGUCCAGGUUCUCGUCUCUGCUCCAGUGGAGCCGCCAGCAUACGGGCCUCAUGGCCAAGAAGAACUUCCCACAGAACCCAGUAGAACUCAAGGCACUUUAUAACGAGUACAUCCAUUUCAAAGAGACGGAGAUCCCCAGCAAGGAGACGGAGAAGUCUCACAUCGAGCAUCUCUACAAGCUGCUGGAGGUCUGGAUCGAGUUCGGCCGGAUUAAGCUUCCUCCGGGCCUCCAUCCCAACGAUCUGGAGGAGGAGUGGGGCAAACUGAUCCUGGAGAUGCUGGAGCGGGAGAAGGCCCUGAGGCCGGCCGUGGAGAGAGUGGAGCUGCUGCUGCAGCGAGCUAAUAAGAUCCAGAACACGGCCGUGGACUGUGAGGAGAAACUCACCCUGGCCAAGAACACGCUGCAGGCCGACGCGUCCCGGGCCGAGAGCGGCGAGGCGGUGCAGUGCGAGAGAGAAAUGGCGUGUUACCUGCAGGACUGCGAGGCGCUGAUCCGGCAAAUCGAGCAGGAUCUGAAAGUCCUGCGAGAGGAAAAGUACUACCAGGUGGACCAGCUGGCCUUCAGAGUUAACUGCCUUCAGGAGGAGCUGGUCUCGCUCCGGCUGCAGUGCUCCAGCGUCUACAGAAAGGGCCACUUCUCUCAGGCCCUGGGGCCCACCGGCACGGAGCCGCCCUGGCAGAGAGCCACAGACGGAGGCCUCUCUCUGGGUCAGACCCUGCUGGGCGCUGUGGGGGCCGCGGGGGCCGUUGGAGCCGCACUCCUGCGGCGGCCGAUGGCGCGCUCCCAGCUGGUGGCCAUGUCGUCAUCAGAGGACGAAGGAAGCCUGAGGUUCAUCUAUGAGCUGCUGGGAUGGGUGGAGGAGACACAGGAGCUGCUGGAGGGAGCAGAAUGGGGCGCAGACCUCCCCUCUGUGGAGAACAACCUGCAGGAGCACACCACCAUCCACACGGCUGUGGAGGAGCUGCUGAGCAGCCUGCAGGAGGCGCGCAGCUACGAGGCUAAAGUAUCCCCAAACUAUAAAGGCAGCUACUCUGAAACCCUGGCCAAACUGGAGCACCAGUACUGCAAGCUACUGGAACAUUCGUCAUGCCGCCUGCAGAGCCUGGAGAGUUUGCACGCGUUCGUGUCCCGCUGCACCGAGGAGCUGAUCUGGCUCAACGAGCGCGAGGAAGAGGAGAUCUCCUUCGACUGGAGCGACGGCAACGCCAACAUGAGCGCCAAGCGGGAGCUGUACGAGGAGUUGAAGUUGGAAUUGGCAGAGAAACAGGAUAUGAUGCGUUCCAUCCAGGAAACGGCUGGCCGGCUCUGUCAGGAAAACCAUCCGGCCAAACAGACUGUGGAGGCCUACAGUGCAGCGCUGCAGACGCAGUGGCAGUGGGUGGAGCAGCUGUGUGUUUGUGUUGAGCAGCAUCUCAAAGACAACACCGCCUACUUCCAGUUCAUGAGCGACGCCAGGGACUGCGAGUCGUACCUGCGGCAGCUUCAGGAGACGAUAAAGAGACAGUACACCUGCGACAAGAACAGCCGGCUGAGCAAACUGGAGGACCUGCUGCAGGACUCCAUGGAGGAGAAGGAGCAGCUGAUUGAGUACCGUAGUACGGUGGCCAGCCUGGUGGGUCGGGCCAAGACGGUGGUCCAGCUCCGGCCCCGAGGCGCGGAGAGUCCACUGGGUGGCGCCACACCCAUCAGAGCCAUCUGCGACUACAAACAGAUCGAGACAAACGUUCAGAUCACCAUCAACCGGGGCGAGGAGUGUGUGCUGGAGGACAACUCCCAGCGGACCAAGUGGAAGGUGAUCAGCCCGACUGGGAAUGAAGCCAUGGUUCCCUCCGUGUGCUUCUCCGUCCCUCCCCCCAACCAGGAGGCCAUCGACACGUCCAGCAGGGCGGAGCAGCUCUACCAGAAGGUGAUGUCUCUGUGGCAUCAGCUGCAUGUGAACAUGAAGAGCGUGGUCACGUGGCACUACGUCCUCAAAGACAUCCGGUCCGUCUCCGACUGGACUCUGGACUCGGUUCGCAGUCAGAGUCCAUCGGAGCGGCAGCAGCUGCUGGACCACAUGGCGUCUCAGCUGGCCGACUUCCUGUCCGACAGCAGGGAGAGCUCGCUGUUCACGGCGGCCGAGAGACGGGAGCUGGAGCGGGAGGCUGAGCAGGCACAGCAGCACUGCCAGGACCUGCUGCGCCACAUGGAGACAGCGGAGAAAGACGAGUCGGUGUCGCGGUCGUACCUGUCGGAGCUGCAGGACGUCACGCUGCGUCUGGACGAGGCCGAGCGCCGGCUGACCAGGGCCAUAGAGACUCCGCCUCCCAGCCGGCUGUCCAGCGCCGGCUUCGACAACACGCUGCAGAUCGCAGAGCAAGAGAAGCUGCAGUCUGAGCUGGACUCUCUGCGCUGCGGUCUGGGCGACGUGUCGCGGCGCUGCGUCCGGUUCUUUGAGGAGAAGCCGUCGUCCUCCAGCGUUCCCGUCCUGCGCUCGCAGCUCGGUCAGGCCGUGGAGCGAACCGACAGGCUGCACCACCUGUCAGCGCUCUACCUGGAGAAGUUAAAAACGGUCGACGUUUUGGUGCGGAGCCUGGAUGAAGCGGAGAGCCAGGUCAGGAAGUAUGAGAGCAGGCUGAGCGAGGAGGACAUCGUUCCCGCCGACACCGGCGCCAUCCAGAACCUCAGAGACCAGCUGGGGCGGUGGCAGGCGGAGCUGUCAGAACAAGAGGAGACUUUCCAGGCCCUGCAGGUCCAGCUGGGCCGGGCCAAAGAGGCGGGAGCUGAGCUGGGGAAGCUGCAUGUGGACCGCAGCCCCGAGCUGGAGCGCUACCAGGAGAGAGCCAAUCAGAUGGCAGAGAGGUGGAGCGGCGUCAAGCGGCAAACAGAAACACGGCGGUCGGACCUGGAGGUUCUAGGCUCGGUGCUGCAGCAGUACAGGCAGAACCACUUGGCUCUGAUCCGGUGGAUCGAAGAGACGACGGAGAGGCAGGAGAGCGCCCAGGCCGGACAGACGGACAGCAGGGCGCUGUCGGAGCAGCUGGCCCAGCAGACGGCGCUGGUGGCUGAAAUCGAGCAGAAUCAGACCAAACUAGACGAGUGCCAGACUUACUCCAAACAGUACUGCACCUCCGUCAAGGAUUAUGAGCUGCAGCUGAUGACCUACAGAGCGUUUGUGGAGUCGACGCAUAAAUCCCCAGUGAAGAGGAGGAGGAUGCACUCUUCAUCUGACGCCGUCACUCAGGAGUUCAUGGAUUUGCGGACGCGCUACACGGCGUUGGUGACGCUGACCACCCAGCAUGUGAAGUACAUCAGUGACGCCCUGAGGAGACUGGAGGAGGAGGAGAAAGAGGUGGAGGAGGAGAAGCAGGCCAGAGUGGGCCAGGUUUCGGAGCUGCUGGGCUGGGUCAAAGGUCUGCAGGGUCGGACCGGCGGCCCCAGCGCCGAGUCGUCGCUGGCAGCGCAGCAGGCCAUCAGCGAACAGCUGGCAGGGAGGAAGGAGCAGGUGGCUGAGGCCAUACGCAGCACGCAGGGCUUCCUCUGCUCCAAACAGGCCAGCAAGUUGUCCCCGGAGGAGCGCGCUGCAGUGGAGGCUCAGCUGGACGAACUGACGGCCACCUACAACCAGCUUCUGGACAGCUCCACCCAGCAGCUGCAGCAGCUGGAGCAGCAGCUGGCCAGAGAGGAGGAGAGAAAGAACCGAGCUGCCAUUGGAGGCGUGAUCGACCUGGGCACCGUGGAAACCUUCUCGGUGUUUCAGGCAGCCCAACGGGGUCUCAUCGACCAGGACACCUGCAGUGUUCUGCUGGAGGCCCAGCUGGUCGCGGGUGGACUCGUUCGACCAGAUGCAACGGGGGUUUAUUCAUUGGAUCAUGGUCUAACUGAAGGCCUCAUUGAUGCUCACACCUGUCAGUCACUAGCUGAACUUGAGAGUGCCAUGGAGUUGAUAAAGCAGUCUGUGGGUGACCAAAAGCUUUUGCCCGUAGCUGCAGCCAUGGAGUCAGGGUUGAUCACAGAAGAGGUUGGACUUCGUAUACUUGAAUUUCAGAUGAACAGUGGUGGACUCAGAGACUCAUGUGGGAAAAUCAUGAGUUUGGAACAAGCAGAGGAUAUGAGAGUUUUGCCUUCCAGGAUCUUAAACAAGCUUUACUCUAGAAUUCAACACAAAGAGUUGCUCGAUCCAAACACAGCUGAAAAGGUCAACAUAGAAGAGCUGAAGCUGCGUUGUAUUCCUGAUGAUGACUCAGGUCUCCUCCUCCUUCCUGUCAAACAGCAGCCUGGAGGAACCGUUUGCCUCCGAUCUGGUAGAAAAGUUGGCAUCUUUCGCGCCGUCCAGGAGGGACUGAUCGACCGGGCGGUUACCGUGAGGCUUCUUGAGGCCCAGCUGUUCGCCGGUGGCAUCAGUGACCCACGUUCUAGCCACCGGCUGACAAUUGGUGAGGCUCUUCGUCAUGGGCUUAUGGACCAGGAUUUAGCUUGUGCCAUGUUAGCACGACAGCUGCAGAAUGGGGGGAUUCUUGACCCGCUCAGUGGGCAACGCCUGGAUUUAGAGGAGAGCAUUCACAGGGACCUUCUCUCCCCUCGUUUGGCUCUGUUGGUUCUUGAGUCUCUUUGGACUUUCACAGGACUCCUUUGGCCUGAAUCUGGAGAGCUGAUGCCCAUUGCAGAGGCUCUUCAACAAGGGCUGAUAUCAGGUGAUCUAGCAAGAAACAUUUUAAGACAGAGACAUGCCAUUGGAGGGCUGUACAGUGCAGAAACCCUCAAAGUGUUACCCCUUAAUCAAGCUACAGAAGAAGACCUUGAACCUGAUGUUGCAAAAUGUCUCCGAGACAUUCAUAUACCAGACGUUCUCUACAACAUGACCCAGUCUGGUACUCCAUCUCUAAACCGCCUGAGCUGGGGAUCGACCAGCUCCUCUUCUCCGCCUCCAUCGUCUUCUACAGGCUUCAUGUGGGAAGCUUCACCAAACAAUAGGGUCGAUCCUGAAGUUCAAGCCAAAGACAAGCUUUUCUUUCACCUCAUGACUCACAGCUAUGUGGAUGCACAUUCUGGAAAAAGGCUUGUGCUCCUUGACCAAGAUCUGGUGCUUCUAGUUAAAGGCUCUUGUUUGGCUGCAGGAGAAUCGAGUGAAGCCGAGUCAUUAAACAAGUUGGUUGGAGAUAAACUGCAGACAUUGGGCAGUGGGGAAAAUGUUAGAAUGACAAAUGAAGCAGAACACAGCUCUGAUCUGGAAACUUCAAUAGAUAACAUUGAAAUGGUGAAUAUAAGUGACGGUGGAAAGGACAUCAGAUUACCACCGAAGUUACCUGAAACCAUAGGCAGAUAUGGCCUUUCUGAUCCUGAACCUUCUGUUUACACAAACGUACAUAAAGAAAAAGAAGAAGAGUCCAGUUUGCAAAGUGAAAUGAUUUCAUGGAACUAUCAAGAUGUAAUAAAACACAAAGCCAAUGCUGUAGGUGAAACCAUUCCUCAACAUCUAGAGGUCAAAGAUACAAUCACAAAAACAUCUUUUGAAUUGGAGGAAGGCAUUAAAAGUGGCACACAGCAGGAACGAAUUCCAAAAGUAAAAGAAAGUAAGGAGAUAAAUCUGAGAGAGGCUCAAGAACUCAAAGGUACAAAAAGUUCUCCAACCGAUUUAGCAAGUGUGUCUGAAACAGACGUUGACUUCAAGGGAUCAAAGACUGCGGUGGAUGAGCCAUUGAUGGAGGAGCGAGAGGAGAAUGCCGAGUUGGAGAGAUUGGUCCUGGAGCUCAAACAGGGAGGUCUGAUGACAGAGGAUGGAGAGAAGCUGCUGCCAGAUGAAGCAGUAGCUCAAGGUGUCCUUCCUGGUCAUACAGCAGUUAAAUUGAUGGCUCAGGCAGGCCUGUUUGGGGGAUUCCUAGAUGCCACCAGUGGGGAGUCGCUGAGCUUGGAGGAAGUGAUGCAGGAGGGCUUACUAGAUGAAGAUCUUAUGUGGGGUGUCCUGAAGUCAGAUAAAACCCUUGCCGGUGUUGUGGACAUCGAGAAAGGCCAGAUCUGUGGGGUGAGGGAUGCAGCUCAGGCUGGGCUCAUUGAUCCUAACACUGCUGCUCGACUCCUAGAAGCCCAGGUUGCAUCUGGAGGGAUUGUCGACUUACGCAGGGAUAAGAAAGUCUCUGUCACUUUAGCAGCAAACCUGGGUCUAAUUGAAGAAGACCAAAGAGAGGAACUGAUUGCUCUUGAAAAGGCUUUCAAAGGAAAGGAUACAGACUCUGCAACCAGCCUCAGAAAGGCAAGUUUACAGCUGCAGAUGGAGGGUGUUGUCGACCCUGAAUCCAAGUCUACAGUUCCUUUAGAACAAGCAAUUAAGAAAGGGUUAAUUAGAUCUGAUGAGGCCUAUCAGGUGUUGGCGAGACAGGUGGCUGAAGGUGGCAUAAUCCACCAUGCUUCAGGAAUGAGACUCUCUGUCUCUGAUGCUGUAGAUAGAGGACUUGUGGAUCGGUCCAUAGCUCCGGGGCUUGAGGAACUAGAAUGGAUCUAUCGAGGAAAAAUCAGUGCCUCAACCAAACCAGAAGCAAUUGCUUUCCAGGCAACAACUGGAGCUGUUUUGGACCCUGACAGUGGAGUUAGGCUGACACUGACAGAAGCUGUGUCGAAGGGUCUUCUAGAUGACAAGAUGGCCACUGAAGUCAUGGCUUCUCCGGUGGUAACGCAGGGAACAAUUGACCCGAAAACUGCACAGAUUGUGCCUUAUUCAGAACUUGUGAGUCAGGGUAAGAUUGAUAUUGAAACAGGCAAACGCUUCUUGGAGGUGAAGCCCUUCCAAGGUGUUCAGGAUAAGCAAUCCUUGGAGACCCUGACCCUCCCUGAGGCUGUUGCUUUGAAGUGGGUUGAUCCAGUUCCAGCUGUAAGGUUGCUCCAAAGCCAGGCAGACACUGGUGGGAUCAUUGAUAUCUACACUGGAGAGAGGCUCCCACUGCCUGAAGCCGCUGCCAGAGGUUUAGUAAGUGGUGAUAUGGUCAAAGAAAUAGCCACCAACCAGUUUGUCAAAGGAGGUUUGGUUGAUCCAGCAACUGGACAGCGAGUGUCAGAUCUUAGUGAUGCCAUCACUUCCCAGCUGUUGACGAGAGACCUGGCUUUGGAGAUCCAGGAGACGCUAAAGGAAAACUUUCCAGAUGAUCAUUUUACAACUGUUAUAGCUACUGGGCCAAGAAUUGACACACCAGCAAACAUGUCUGCAAACACUAGGAUGUCCUCAGGAUCUCCAUCUUCUGUUAGAGGUUUAGAAGUUACGUACAGUUAUGACGAGACGUUCAGAAGUGAAAUUUCAGAUCAGUCACUGUUACAUCCUGAAGAUGAGAUGGUAGCAGAAAUGGAGCCUGAACAGUCAAUGGAUCUGUUAUCCAAGUUUGCAUCUAAUGUUGAAAAAAGAAUCCAGCAAGCCAUUCAAGAGAUCCUGCCACAAAAAGUGGAUAAUCGCCAUCAACAAGAACCGAGUGAACAAAUGGAGACUGAGGGUAAACAAGGGGAGAACUUAACCAGAGGUUCUGUAAAAGAAUCCACUCAGGUGAUGAUUGAUCAUAGUGAAGAGGUGCAAAAAGAAGAUGGCCAGGAGCCAGAAAAACAUGAGUACAUGGAAGGUGGACCCACUGAGAGCACAGUAAUGGUCCAUCGUGGGUCUGAAGAUGUGAAGUCAGAAGAAAUUAUAGUCAACAGAGAAACCAAAGAUCCCAGAUGCUUCCCAGGAUUUCCAGCAGGGAAUGAGGACCUUAAAUCUUUGCAGACCAAAAGCAGCACUGAUGUGGAGCAGUCAGAUCAGUUCUCUUCUACAAGUAAAGAGUCAGACAACAAAAGCAAAACGAAGAGGAAGAGUAAAAAGAAGGCAAGAGGGAAAGAAGUAGAAACUGAAACUCAUCUUCCAGAGAUGAAACAUGAUCUUCAAACUCAUCGAACCAGUCCAGAAACCAAAGAGACCCCACAGGUUGCUCCUGUUGCCACAGAAGAAAUCACAUUGGAUGCAAAUGUGCAGAAGUCAGACUCCUACCUUCCAACUGCUACUGACCCUUCCUCUGACGAGAGAAUGGAAAGGACUGAAGAGAAAGUUGAGACUGAAAAUGUUUUGGUAGAUCAAGAGCAGGAAGAGGUUCUUCUUGAACCAAACACUGAGAUGGAGGAAGAUGCAACCAGGACAAUAUUAGGUAGAACUCCAGAGAAGGUUUACAUGAAGGUAGAGGAAGAGGAAUCAGCGAUAGAGCAGGAAGAAGUUUCUCUUAAACCAAACACUGAGAUGGAGGAAGUUGAAGCUAAAACAAUGUUACUAAUGUCGUCACAAGAGGUUUCUAAGCAGGAAGAGAUAAAAAAGGAAUCUAUGGAGAAGACUUUGAUUGCUAAACAACUGGAAGUGCCAGAGGUGCAGAAGAGCAUAGAAGCAGAAUCUCUGACAAAAUCAAGUCUUAAAGAGGAUGAAAAAGUGGCCUUGAUUCUGAAAGCUAAAGAGAGCAUCCUUAAGAAAGUGUUUGAGAAGGGAGUGAGUGAAAAACAGGCAGCCCAGGAGCUGGAGGUGCUGAGGAAGAAGAAGCAAAGUAAAACGGGUGAUAAGAAGACAGAAACUAACAGUGAAGAAGGUGAUGCUGACAAGAGCAGCUCUGCUCUACAGAAAGACCGUAAAGACCAAGUAACUGUCAAAAAGGACACUGUGGAGCUGCAGAGAACACCUGGAGAUAUUCCUGCAGUUCAAGAGAUGCUGGGAACGUCUUCAAAUGAAGACAUCAGGGCUAAGCAGAAAGAUGUUGAGAUUCUUCCAACAGUCUCAAAAAGUAAGAGAAGCAAGAGGAGCAAAAAGCUAAAACCAACUGGAGAUAAAGCUGAGAUGGAGAAGGCACCCACAGAUCUGAAAGAUCCAACAUGCGCCACAAAAUCUCCUCCUGCACCAGAGUCAGACGGCACAGUUUUGAAGGAAUACUUGAAGGUGAGCACUGAUGAUGACCAGGCAGCUGGAAUAUCUACCAAGAAAUCAAAGAGUCUAAAACCAACCAAAUAUCAGCCUGAAUUGGAGAAGGUAAAACCAGAUGGGAAAAUGGCUUCUGGCCUGAAAGAUACAAAAAUGAUCUCAAAAUCUGAUGCAAAGCAACAGCCAGAAAGCAGAAUUUUGUCUGAAGCCGGGAAGUUGAGCACUGACACUGAUGAUCAUUCAGUUGGUACAACUACCAAAAAACCAGAGAGUCUAAAACCAACCAAAGAUCAGCCUGAAAUGGAGAAGGCACUGCCAGAUGUUGAAGAUCCAAAAUGUACAACAAAAUCACCUACUGAAUCGAGGUCUGACAGAAAAGUUUUUACGGAAGAUGUCAAGAUGAGCACUGAUAAUUAUGAGUCAGUUACAAAGGAGACAAAGGAUGAAAAACCAACUGAAGAUCAACCUGAGGUGAGGAAGGUAAAACCAGAUGGGAAAAUGGCUUCUGGCCUGAAAGGUACAAAAAUUAUCUCAAAAUCUGGUGCAAGUCAACAGCCAGAAAGCAGAAUUUUGUCUGAAGACCUAAAUGUGAACACUGAUACUGAUGAUCGGUCAACUGGUGCAGCUACCAAUAAGACAAAGAGUCUAAAACCAAGCGAGAUGAAGAUGGUAACUUCACAUUUGAAAGAUCCAGAAUGUACAACAAUUUCAGCUGCAGGACCAGAACCGGAUGGAAAAGUUUUGACUGAAAAUGUGAAGGUGAGCACUGAUGAUCAGUCAGUUGGUGCAGCUACCAUGAAGCCUGGAAGUUUGAAACCAUCUGAAGAUCAGCCUGAAAUGGAGAAGGCAACUUCACACCUGAAAGAUCCAAAAUCUGCAACAAAAUCAGCUGCAGAACCAGAAUUGGACAGCAUAGUUUUGACUGAAGACUUGAAGGAUAUUAAUUAUCAGUCUAUUGUUCCAACUACCAAGAAGUCAAAGAGUCGAGACGAUCAGCCAGAGGUGGAGAAGCUAAAACCAGAUGAGAAAAUGGGUUCUGACCUGAAAGGUAUGAAAAUUACCUCAAAAUCUGAUGUAAAGCAACAGCCGGAAAGCAGAAUUUUAUCUGAAGACCUAAAGGUGAGCUUUGAUACUGAUGAUCAGUCAGUUGGUGCAGCUACCAAGGAGCCAAAGAUGCUAACUAAACAUCAGCCUGACGUGGAGAAGUUACUGUCAGAUCUGAUAGAUCCAAAAUAUAUGACGAAAUCAGCUGCAGAACUGGAGUCAAAUGGCACAAUGUUGACUGAGGAUGUGAAUGUCAGCACUGAUGAUGGUCAGUCAGUUGGUGCAGCUAGCAAGGAGCCAAAGAGUGAAAAACCAGCUGAGGAUCAGCCUGAGCUGGAGAAGAUCACCUCCAAAGGAAAAGGAGAUUCUGACCUAAAAGACAUGAAAACUAUCACAAAAUCUGGUGCAAAGCAACCAACAGAAAGCAGAGUUUUGACUGAAAACCUAAAGGUGAGCACUGAUGAUGAUCAUUCAAAGGGUCUAACUACUAAGGAGCCAAAGAGUGAAAAACCAGCUGAAGAUCAGUCGGAGCUGGAGAAAAUGACCUCCGAUGGAAAAAUGGAUUCUGACCUAAAAGAUCUAAAAAUAACCUCAGGAUCUGAUGCAAAGCAACCAGAAAGCAGAUUAUUGUCUAAAGAUUUAACUGUGAGCCUUGAUACUGAUGGUCAGUCAGUCGGUGACCCUGCUAGACCAUCAGAUGUUGGUAAAGUCAAUCAGAAACACCCUGAAGGAGUCAAAAGUCUCCAAAAAAGUCAGAUCGAACGAGCUACAGGAUUACACUUAGACCAGAGCGACUUGACAGAGUUAUCUCAGGAGGUUUCUAGCAAACAGGAGAGAGAGUCCUUGGCUCAACCUGCUGCUCUUGACCCACAUUCUGAGAAAAGCCAAAAGAAGGAAACCCUGCAGCCACCUGCAGCUGAAAGCUCCGAUGUUUCUGAAUCUUUAACAAACCUGCAGCAACAUCUGGAUUCUCCAGAAACUGCUGCUUUAUCUAAAGAAGAUACUUCAAUUAAAUCUGAAUCUAUAAAAGUGACUGAGGUGGAUCUGAGCAAUGAGACCCUAGAAGACGAAGAAAAAGUUUCCAAGAAUCAAGAAACUCUGUCGACCAAAGAGGAAGCACCGUCCACAGGAAGCAAGUCAUCAUUAUUGCGUCAGGAAUGUCUUGAACAUGACCAGCGAAUCAUAGCGCUGCUCUCCAUGGUCCGACACGUUGAAGUCCGACUGAAACAGCAGCAGCAGCAGCAGCAGUCGGUGGGCCGCAGCCUCAUCACGUUGGACGGCAUCAUCAACCGGACUGAGACGUUGGACCUUGAACUCUCCAACUUGGAGCCUGAGAUAAGCAAAGAAGUUGAAGCUGCAGAGCGACUGUUAGAGCCCAGACCGACCGACGUUCCUCCGCAGCUGCUGCUGGCCUUAGAGAAAGAUGGGCGGAGCUUAGCCCGAGCUUACGAAGCGGCUCGGUUGCUCUCCGAGAGCGUCCUGCAAAGUCUGCGGGACCACAGAGACUCAUGCAAGGAUGCGGUGGCAGCUGAGCAGAAAUGUUUGGGACAACGUGUGGACAGGCUGCUGUCCAGGUUGAGUGAGACAGAGGCUCAGAUGGACGGAGACACAGCGGGGAAGGAGGGGACCCAGGCUGGGCUCACACAGCAGCUGGAUCUCUGCAAGGAACUCCAGUCUUCGCUGUCGACUUGCUCCGUGGAAGUCAGCAGCCUGGUCUCCGACAUCCAGCUCUUCAUCUCUGAGCGUGCUCAGGACCUGGCCCCCGAGCAGAGCAGGCGGCUCCUGGAGCAGCUGCAGCAGCUGCAGACGGCCUUCCACCACACGUCAGGCCGAGCCGAGGCCUGGGCCGGCGCUCUGACCGCUCAGCGCGGCAGGGAGGAGGAGGAGAGGCGGCGCCGAGAGAGGCGCAGGGAGGAAGAGGAGGAGGACAGAGAAAGGAAAAAAGCGAGGGAGAGAGAGGUGGUGCAGCAGCAGAAAGCAGAGUGCUCUCGGACACUGGAGGGCCUCAACGCGUGGUUGGCCGGAGCCGCAGGCCUGCUGGCCAAUCAGAGGGCUGGACCGGAGUCAGGUGACGUCAGCGCCCUGCAAGAGAGGCAGACAAAGCUGAAGGAGGUGCAGAGGGACCUGCAGGCGAAAGCCGACGGCGUGGCUCAGGCCAUCCGGUCGGUGGAGGAGUUUCUGGCAGAGAAAGGAGACAGUCUGAGUGCAGAGGAGAAGAAGAACCUCCAGGUGGCGCUGGAAAGACUGAAGGAGCAGUACGCCGCCCUGACGGACUCGACCAACACGUCGCUGUCAGAACUCGACGACGCCAUCAGUACGACCGUACAGCAGAACACGCAGAGGGCGAAAGCGGUGGAGGAGCUCCAGGAAACCCAAAGCCAGAUCGACUCCCUGCUCUCCUCCUUCAGCCAACUGGACCGGAUCGCAGCGCCGCAGGAUGUGCCGGACUCUUCCGUUUCACCACCGGAGGGCGCUGUGGAGUCGCACACAGAGAUGCUGCAGUCGGAGCUGCAGCAGCUCCAGGCUCAGCAGGCGCAGCUGCUGCAGAUCAGCCAAUCAGCUCGCUCCCUGCUGGAGCAGCCCGACUCCACGGUUCCCCCCGAGGAGAAGCAGCGGCUCCGGGCCGCCCUGGACCGGCUGCAGGCCCAGCACCAGGACAGGCUGCACAGCUGUCAGGAGCGUCUGAGGAAAUCUGAGGCUCUGCAGGACGAGCUGACCAAAUUCCUCCAGGAACACGGAAACCUGGGCUCCUGGCUGGAACUAAGUGAACAGGAGCUGCGUUCUUUGGGGGAAGGAGAAACCGACGCGCAGGGCCUGAAGGACCGGCUGGAGGAACACAGAAAGCUGGGUGAGGAUGUCAUCUGCCACAAGGCCGACCUUCGCUUCGUCUCCAUCUCGGGCCAGAAGGUUCUGGACUCUGUUCAGGGCGCUCUGGAGCAAGCUGGAGGUUCUGACCCGGCUCUGGACGGCAUCAGGCGGCUCGUCUCCGACAAGCUGCAGGACGCCAACCACAGAUACACGACGCUGCACACCAAGUCGACAGAGCUGGGCGGCCGGUUGGGCGGCCUGUUGGAGCGGUACCAGCAGUACCAGGACGAGGUGGUGUCCAUUCAUUCCUGGCUCAGCGCUCACGAGCAAAACCAAAGCAUAGCCAAGUCCAGCGGAGACACGGACCCGCAGAACCUCCAGAACGCCCUGCGGCAGGUUCAGCUGGUGCAGGACGAGCUGGCCGAGCGCUCGGUCCAGCUGGAGAAGGUGAAGCGAGCAGGAAGAGAUCUGGUCAGCACCGACGAAUCUCCGUCUUUGAAAGCCGUUGACAUCCUCUGCGCUGCAGACGGGUUGGAGAAGCGGUUCGGCAGCCUGUCUGCGUCGGUGUCGGAGCGGGCCGAGCAGCUGCAGACGGCCGUGGCCCAGUCCGUCAGCGUCCAGGAGGGCCUGAAGGGCCUGCUGGGCUGGUUGGACCAGCUGGUUCUGAACCCCGGACCGGUCCAGCCCACCGCCCAGGCCGUGCAGGACGCACUGACCCAGAACCAGAAACUUCGUCAGGAGCUCCUCUCCAGGCAGGGCAGCGUGGAAGCGACGCGCGACUCCGUCUCCAAGCUGCUGCAGAGCUCGGACGCCUCCGCGGCGCCGGGCCUCCACGGCAGCCUGGACGACCUGACCCGGCGCUACGCCGCGGCCCAGAGCAGCCAGGCGGAGCGGGAGGCCCAGCUCAAGGCGCUGCUGCCCCGGCUGGAGAGCUACGAGAGGCUGGGCGCCGACCUGCAGGCCUUCACCCAGAGCAGGCUGAAGGCCCUGAGUCCCGCCGGACAGCCGGACCGCAGCGUCCACGACUACAGGCAGACCGUCGAGGAGGUGAAAUCUGAGCUGGAGCAGGAGGCAGGUCAGCUGAAAUCCUUCUGCGGCCUCGGCGCCGAGCUCAGCCAGUCCAGAGCGCUCAGCGACACCCAGAACCUGCUGGAGAACGUCAAAGAUGUGACCGACGAGUUCACCAAGCUGGAGGAAAACGUCAAUGAAAGGUUUGCUGCCAUCCAGGCCUGUGAGCAGCAGCUCCACCAGUUUCGCGGCCUCUCCGGCUCCCUGGUCCGCUGGCUGCAGAUGGCCCAGGACCAGCUGCCCUCCAAGGAGGCCAACCUCAACACCGAGGGUCUGCAGAGGCGGGUCCAGCAGCUCCAGGACUUGCUGAAUGACUGGGAGUCCCAAGGAUCCAGAAUCCAAGACCUGAACAAGACCGGUUCCGAGCUGGAGUCGCUCAUCAUCGACGUCACGACUCCUCAGACCAAAACUGGAGUUCCUCAGAUCAACGGUUCUGCCGGUCCCAGCAGCGUCAACGGCAUCCACACCUGCAAAGACCUGACGGAGCUGCAGGUGACCGUCUCAGACGUGAACGCUCGCUACGACGCUCUGGGCAGCGAGCUGAAGGAGCGUCUGGGCCGCCAGCAGGCCUCUCUGGAGCUGCGGCAGAAGGCCCGGCAGAACACGGAGGAGCUCAGGAGCUGGCUGAGCGACCGAGAGAAAAGCCUGACGCUGGGACAGACCACUUCCCCGUCCAAACCCGAGGUGGUGCGCGCUCAAGCCCAACAAAACAAGGCUUUGCUCUCAGAGCUGGCUGAGCAUUCAGGGAAGGUGGAGGAGCUGAAAAGUACGUUGAGAAAACUAAUCGCAGACAAUCCCGACUCCCCCGAGGCCGACGGCUGGAGGCAGCAGCUGCAGGAGAUCGACUCCCGCUGGCAGACGGCCAAUCAGACGGCAGCUCAGCGACAGACGGAGCUGGAGACGUGCGCCGACCGACUGGGCAGCUUUGCCUCGGCGGCCAAUCAGCUCGGCCCCUGGCUGAGAGAGAAGGAGCUGAUGAUGAGCGUGCUGGGGCCCCUAAGCAUCGACCCCAACAUGCUCAACACGCAGAAGCAGCAAGUCCAGUUUAUGCUGCGGGAGUUUGACACGCGGCGGCCCCAGUUUGACCAGUUGACCCAGUCGGCAGAGGGAAUCCUGUCUCAAACCGGGGACUCGGCUCAGGACCCCAAAGACCUGGAGGAGGUCCGGACUGAACUGGGCUCCAUCUCCCAGCAGUGGGAGGAUCUGACCGGCCGGCUGACUCAGCGGUCCAGUCACAUCGAUCAGGCUCAGGGAACCAGCGAAAAAUACCAGGCCUUGCUUAAGGAUCUGUCCUCCAGCAUUGCGUCGCUCGGUGAGAGGCUGGACGCCCAGGCCUCGCUCAGCGCCCAGCCUGAGGCUCUGAAGCGUCGGCUGCAGGAAACCGGAGAGAUCCGGUCGGAGCUGGAGCGGCGGCGUGGUGAGCUGUCGGAGGCCGAGAGGCUCUGUGGGGAGCUGAGCGCCAUCGUGGCCGAGCCGUACCUAAAGGAGGAGCUGAGCAAGCGGCUGCAGAGUGUCAGCGCGCCGCUGAGGAGCCUAGAGGAGAGAGCAGCGGACGGCCUGACCCAGCUCCAGGCCGCUCUGUCCUCCACGCAGCAGUUCCAGCAGAUGUUUAAGGAGUUGCGCUCCUGGCUGGACAAGCAGUCGGACCCCAAACAAUCCCCCUCCGACUCGCUCCCCUGCCGCCCCGAGGCCAUCCGCUCCCUGCUGGCGCAGACCGAGGAGCUGCAGCGCGCCGUCGCCGGCCAGCGGGGCUCCUACGAGCUGAUCCAGGCAGAGGGCGUGUCGAUGCUCGCCACGCUGCCUGCGGACGAGCGCGCCGCUCUGCAGGCCCGCCUGGCCUCGCUGAGGCAGGACUGGGAGGCCGUGAACCAGCGGAUCGCGGCGCGGGAGACCCGGCUGAAGAACUCGCUGGGCAAAGCGGAGACGUACCAGCAGCACCGCGCCGAGCUGACGCCGUGGCUGGCCGAGUGCGAGCAGAAAGACAGAGAGGUCCGACCGUCGCUGGACCCGUCUGUCCUGGAUGAGUCUCUGCAGAAAGCCCGGGCGCUGACACUGGACCUGGAGAGACGGCAGCCCCUGCUGGAGGCUUUUAAUACUGCAGCCGACCAGCUGCUGGAGCAGUGCGGCAUCGGAGAGGAGGAGCUGCGAGACGAGAAGGCGCAGCUGAACCGGCGGGUGGACAGACUGAGUGAGGACCUCCUGAACCGGACCUCCCAGCUGGAGGAGCUGGCCGGCCGCCUGAAGGAGUUCGAGGAAGGCAGACAGGCUGUGGAGAGGAGGCUGGAGGCCGCCAAGCAUCAGAUCGAAGUCCAGGAGGCUCUUGGACCUCAGGCAUGCAGCGCUAAAAGCCUGGAGAGACUGAGGAGUCAGCAGGAGAGUCUGCGCUCCCUGCAGCCUCAGGUGGUCUACCUCAAAGAUCUGGCGCAGGGCCUGGUGCAGGACGCACCCCAGACACCAGGGGGCAGCACUGAGGGAAUACAGAGGCUGCAGGAGCAGGCCAAGGACACCGAGAAGGACUAUGAUGAGGUCACUGAUAAGAUCGAGCUCUGCUGCUCCUCCCUGGAGUCGCGCCUGCAGGGCGUCGGCGAAGUCCAGUCCCACGUCCGCGACGUCUUCUCCCGCCUCGCCGACCUGGACGACGAACUGGACUCCCUGAGUCCCGUCUGCCGUGACGCCGACUCGCUGGCGUCGCAGGCAGACGCCGUGAAGAGCUUCCUGUCCCGCCUGUCCGACCUGAGGACGGAGCUGGAGGGACACGCCGCCGACUGCACCGCCAUGUUGAAGAGGGAAGGCUCCUCGCCGGACCUGCUGGCUCUGCGCAGGGAGACGGAGGCGCUGAGCCGCCAGGCUGGCAAGCUGAGCGAGCGCGGCCAGGCCAGGCUGGUUCAGAUCGAGGACGCCGCAGAGAGAGUACAGGACUUCUACCGGCUGGUGGCGGAGCUGCAAGGCAUGCUGGGAAAAGCCGAAGACGGGCUGAACUCGCAGGGUGUGGUCGGCACGGAGGUGGAGAUGAUCAAACAGCAGCUGCAGGAGUUCAAGGCUGUGGAGCGUGUGCAGGUGGACGGCAUCCAGCCGAAGCUGCAGCACGUCAACGCCGUUGGUCAAGGCCUGAUCCAGAGCGCCGCCAAGCACACCGACACGCAGGCGCUGGAGCACGACCUGGAGACCACCAACCUGCGCUGGAACUCGCUCAACAAGCGGGUUGCAGAACGUAUCGCCCAGCUGCAAGAGGCCCUGUUGCAUUGUGGGAAGUUUCAGGAUGCGCUGGAGCCUCUGCUCAGCUGGCUGAGUGACACGGAGGAGCUGGUAGCCAAUCAGAGGCCUCCGUCUGCCGAAUACCGCGUCGUGAAGGCUCAGAUCCAGGAGCAAAAGCUGCUGCAGAGAUUGUUAGACGACCGCAGGCUGACGGUGGAGAUGAUCCGCGCGGAAGGAGCCAGGAUCGCAGCCACGGCGGAUUCUCAGGACCGGGAGAAGAUCCAGGUCCAGCUGCAGCAUCUGUCGGAGCGAUGGUCGGACCUGCUGGACAAGGCCGGCGGCAGGCAGCGGCAGCUGGAGGAGCUGCAGGUUCUGGCUCUGCAGUUCCACGAAGCGCUGGAGCCGCUGGGAGAGUGGCUGAGCGCCACCGAGAGACGCCUGAGCUCCGCCGAGCCCAUGGGAACCCAAACGGCCAAGAUCACCCAGCAGAUCGUCAAGCACAAGGCGCUCCAGGAGGACGUUUCCUCCAGAGAGGCUGAGGUUGACCACCUCGAGUCCCUCAGCCAGUCUCUGUCCCCGCUCAGCUGCGCGGCCGAUCGUGAUUGGCUGCGUGAGCGCGUGGGGGCGGUGCGGUCGGGUCACUCGGAGCUCGCCGAUUGGUGCGCUGGGCGGGCGGCGCUGCUGGAUCAGGCGCUGGCCAACGCGAGGCUGUUUGGUGAGGAGGAGGUGGAGGUGCUGAACUGGCUGGCGGAGGUGGCUCAGAGACUGGGUCAGGUCUCGGUGCAGAGCUACCAGCCCCAGCUGCUGGCCGAGCAGCACAAACACACACUGGCUCUUAAUGAGGAAAUCCUGAGCAGGAAGAAAACUGUGGAUCAGGCCAUCAAAAACGGACAAGCUUUGCUCAAGCAGACCACAGGUGAAGAAGUGCUGCUGAUCCAGGAGAAGCUGGACGGGAUCAAGUCCCGCUACGCCGAGAUGACGGCCGGCAGCAGCAAGGCGCUCCGCACGCUGGAGCAGGCCCUGCAGCUGUCCACGCGCUUCGCCGCGGCCCACGACGACCUCAACCAAUGGCUGGACGGCGUGGAGGCGGAGCUUAGCAACAUGGAGCCGGAUGCCUCGCCUGCCUACCAGGAGAGACAGAAGGAGCUGAAGAAAGUGUCGGCUGAGAAGCGCCUGGUUCUGGACACGGUGAACGAGGUGGGCAACGCCCUGCUGGAUCUGGUGCCGUGGCGCGCCCGCGAAGGCCUGGACCGGCUCGUCGCCGACGCCAACCAGCGGUACCGACACGCCGAUGAAACCAUCACUCAGCGUGUGCAGCUGGUGCAAGCUGCCAUCCAGAGGUCGCAGCAGUAUGAGGAGGCGGUGGACGCAGAGCUGGCCUGGGUCGGGGAGACGGAGCGGAAGUUGACGUCUCUGGGCCCCCUGAGUCUGGAGCCGGACGUGACCGUGGCUCAGCUGCAGGUGCAGAGGGCCUUCAACAUCGACAUCAUCCGACACAAAGACACCGUCGACCAACUGCUCAGCGUCCGAGACGAAGUGCUGGAAGCCUGCAGCGACGCGCAGAAGGACGCUCUGAUGGUGAAGACGGAUUCUCUGAGCUCGCGUUACGACACGGUGAGCCAGAGCCACAGCGAGCGGUUCUCGGCUCUGGAGCAGGCUCAGGUUCUGGUGGCUCGGUUCUGGGAGACCUACGAGGAACUGGAGCCGUGGCUGGGCGAGACCGAAGCCCUCAUCACUCAGCUUCCGCCUCCAGCGAUCGACACAGACGCUCUGCGGCUGCAGCAGGACCAGAUGAGGCUGCUCAGGGAGUCGAUCGCGGAGCACAAACCUCACAUCGACAAGCUGCUGAAGAUCGGGCCGCAGCUGGCCCAGCUCAGCCUCCAGGAGGGGGCGACGGUGACGCAGCGCUACACUGAGGCAGAGAGGCGCUACCUGGCCAUCAAGGAGGAGGUCAAAGGUCGCGCCAGAGCGCUGGACGAGGCGGUGUCCCAGUCUGCACAGCUGGUAGAGUUCCACGACAAGAUGGAUCCUCUGCUGGAGACUCUGGAGGCGGCGGUGCAGAGGCUCCGACAGCCUCCGCCGGUCGCCGCCGAGGUGGAGAAGAUCCGGGAGCAGCUGGCGGAGCACCGCGCUCAGGGGCUGGAGCUGGACAAGCUGCUGCCCAGCUUCUCCGCCCUCUGCUGCCGCGGGGAGGAGCUCAUCAGCCGGGCGGCGCACGACGACCCGGCGGCUCAGGCCGUUCGCUCCCGGCUCCUGCGUUUGCGCUCCCUUUGGGACGAGAUCCGGCAGCGAGCCGAGGAGAGAGAGAGCAAGCUGAACGACGUCCUGGACCUGGCCGGGAAGUUCUGGGCCGACGUGGCGGCUCUGCUGAGCACGCUCAGAGACUCCCAGGACAUCGUGAGGGAGCUGGAGGACCCCGGGGUGGACCCGUCGCUCAUCAAGCAGCAGAUCGAAGCAGCCGAGGCCAUCAAGGCGGAGACGGACGGCCUGAGGGAGGAGCUGGAGUUCGUCCGGACGCUCGGGGCUGACCUCAUCUUCGCCUGCGGAGAAACCGAGAAACCUGAAGUCAAGAAAACCAUCGAUGAGAUGAAUGCUGCCUGGGAGAGUCUGAACCGAACAUGGAGGGAGAGGAUGGAGCGGCUGGAGGAGGCCAUGACCGCCUCAGUUCAGUACCAGGACGCGCUGCAGUCCAUGUUCGACUACCUGGACAACGCCGUGAUCAAGCUGUGCGACAUGUCGACCGUAGGAACCGAUCUGGGAACAGUCAAACAGCAGAUAGAGGAGCUCAAGCAGUACAAGGUGGACGUCUACCAGCAGCAGAUCGACAUGGAGAAGCUCUGCCACCAGGGGGAGCUGCUGCUGAAGAAAGUGUCGGACCAGACGGACCGGGACAUGAUCCAGGAGCCGCUGACAGAACUGCGGCACCUCUGGGAGAAUCUGGGAGAUAAAAUCACCCAGAGACAGCACAAGCUGGAGGCGGCGCUGCUGGCUCUUGGUCAGUUCCAGCAUGCUCUCUCUGAGCUGCAGGCCUGGCUGAGCCACACCCACACCACUCUGGACACGCAGCGGCCCGUCAGCUCCGACCCCAAAGCCAUCGAGAUCGAGCUGGCGAAACACCACGUUUUACGUAACGACGUGCUGUCCCAUCAUGCCACGGUGGAGACUGUGAACAGCGCCGCCGCCGAGCUGCUGGAGUCGUCUCCGGGCGACGAGGCCAGCCACCUGCGGGACCAGCUGGACCAGCUCAACCGCAGCUGGGAGAGUCUGCUGCUAAAAACCCAGGAGCGGCAGAAGCUCCUGGAGGCCGCCCUGCAGCAGGCUGAAGGUUUCCAUGGCGAGCUGGAGGAGUUCCUGCAAUGGCUGAGGCGGACGGAGAGCCAGCUGUCUGCCGCCAAGCCGACCGGAGGCCUCCCAGAAACGGCCAGGGAGCAGCUACAGCAGCACAUGGAGCUGCAGGCUCAGCUGAACCAGCGGGCAGAACAGUACAACCACCUGCUGGAUCAGGGAGAGUCCAUGCUGCUGGCCCGAGGAGGAGAGGACGCCGGACCCGGAACCACCCAGACCCAGCAGAACCUGGCCAUGCUGCAGAACAAGUGGGCCAGCCUCAACACCAAGAUGGACGACCGCAGGGGGAAGCUGGAGGAAGCCGUUUCCUUGGCAACCGGUUUCCAGACGUCCCUCCAGGACACCAUGAACUGGCUGACGCAGGCCGAACAGACCCUGAACAUGGCCCAACCCCCCAGCCUCAUUCUGGACACGGUCCUCUUCCAGAUCGAUGAGCACAAGGUGUUUGUGAACGAGGUGAACACCCACAGAGAGCAGGUCCUGGCUCUGGAGAAAGCAGGCUCUCAGCUUCGCUUCGCCAGUCUGAAGCAGGACGUGGUUCUGAUCAAGAACCUGCUGCUGAGCGUCCAGGCCCGCUGGGACAAGCUGGUCCAGAGGUCCCUGGACCGGGGCCGACACCUCGAUGAGGCCCGGAAACGAGCCAAGCAGUUCCACGAGGCCUGGAGGAAGCUGACGGACUGGCUGGAGGAAGCUGAGAAAAGACUCGACUCGGAGGUGGAGAUCUCCAACGAGCCGGACAAGAUCAAAGUUCAGCUGACCAAACACAAGGAGUUUCAGAAAGCGCUGGGAUCCAAGCAGCCGGUUUACGACACCACAGUGAGGUCAGGGAAGGCCAUGAGGGACAAGGCUCAGCUGCCUGCAGACCAGCAGAAACUGGACCACCUGGUGGGGGAAGUCCGGGACAAGUGGGACACCGUCUGUGGGAAGAGCGUUGAAAGGCAGCACAAGCUGGAGGAGGCUCUGCUGUUCUCAGGCCAGUUUGCCGAAGCGCUGCAGGCGUUAGUGGACUGGCUGUACCGGGUUGAGCCUCAGCUGGCUGAAGACCAGCCGGUCCACGGCGACAUGGACCUGGUGUCCAACCUCAUGGACGCACACAAGGUUUUCCAGAAAGAACUGGGUAAGCGGACCGGCAGCGUUCAGGCUCUGAAGCGGUCAGCCCGCGACCUGAUGGAGACCGGCCGGGAUGACACGGCGUGGGUCAAAGUUCAGCUGCAGGAGCUGAGCAACCGCUGGGACACAGUGUGUGCUCUGUCCGUCACCAAGCAGACCCGCCUCCAGCAGGCGCUCAAACAGGCUGAGGAGUUCCGCACGGCGGUGCAGAUGCUGCUGGAGUGGCUGUCGGAGGCGGAGCAGACGCUCCGUUUCCGUGGCGUUCUCCCCGAAGAGGCCGAGACGCUGCAGGCGCUGCUGCACACGCACCGCGACUUCAUGGGAACGGUGGAGGAGAAGCGGGCCGACGUGAACAAGGCCGCCGGCAUGGGAGAGGCCAUCCUGACCGUGUGUCACCCCGACUCCAUCACCACCAUCAAACACUGGAUCACCAUCAUCAGGGCGCGCUUCGAGGAGGUGCUGACGUGGGCCAAACAGCACGAGCAGCGGCUGGAGACGGCUCUGACGGAGGUGCUCAACAACGCCAACCUGCUGGAGGAGCUGUUGUCAUGGUUACAGUGGGCCGAGACCACGCUGGUCCAGAGGGACACGGAGCCGCUUCCUCAGGACAUCCCGCAGCUGAAAACGCUGAUCACGGAGCACCAGACGUUCAUGGAGGAAAUGACCCGGAAGCAGCCAGACGUGGACAAAGUGACGAAAAGCUACAAAAGGAAACCAGCGGAGCCUCCCAGCAGCCUGGCGGAGAGGAGAGGAGCUCGUAAACACCAGCAGCAGCAGCAGCAGCAGCCCAGCAUGCAGCUCUCCGGGGGAAACCCGCGCCUCAACCAGCUCUGUGCGCGCUGGCAGCAGGUGUGGCUGCUGGCUCUGGACCGCCAGCGGAAACUCAACGACGCUCUGGACCGCCAGGAGGAGCUCAAAGAAUUCGCCAACUUUGACUUUGACGUGUGGAGGAAGAAGUACAUGCGCUGGAUGAACCACAAGAAAUCCCGCGUCAUGGAUUUCUUCCGACGCAUCGACAAGGACCAAGAUGGAAAAAUCACGCGGCAGGAGUUCAUCGACGGCAUCCUGGCCUCCAAAUUCCCGACCAGUAAGCUGGAGAUGUCGGCCGUGGCGGACAUCUUUGAUCGAGACGGAGACGGUUACAUCGACUACUACGAGUUCGUGGCGGCGCUUCACCCCAACAAGGACGCCUACAGGCCGACCACCGACGCCGACAAGAUAGAGGACGAGGUGACCCGCCAGGUGGCCCAGUGUAAGUGCGCCAAGCGGUUCCAGGUGGAGCAGAUUGGAGAAAACAAGUACAGGUUCUUCCUCGGAAACCAGUUUGGCGACUCCCAGCAGCUGCGCCUGGUCAGGAUUCUGCGCAGCACCGUGAUGGUGCGAGUCGGCGGCGGCUGGAUGGCUCUGGAUGAGUUCCUGGUCAAGAACGAUCCGUGCAGAGUGAAACAUCCAGGACUUAAGAUUCUCCGCUCCGAUUCCAGUAGCUCCAUCUCAUCUCGUAUAGUGACAGUCACUCCUGGCUAUUUCUGCUGCCGAGCUCGAGGUCGCACCAACCUGGAGCUGAGGGAAAAGUUCAUCCUUCCUGAAGGAGCGUCUCAGGGCCUGGCUGCGUUCCGCUCUCGGGGUCGACGCUCCAAACCGGGCUCACGAAACGCUUCGCCAACCCGUUCGUCGUCCUCAGCUUCCCACAGCGGCGCCUCGCUCCCGUCGGCUCCCUCCACACCUGCCACACCGACGGCUUCGGCUUCAUCUAGGUCCUCCCUCACUCACUCGCGUGACUAUGCCAAGCCCUGGCUUGCACACAGUAAAACUCCAACGCCAACCAAGUGCCACUGCUGCCCAGACCUCGGUCACAACCACAGCGCUCCUGGGCACGAGGGGGCGGCGUCUGGCUCCAAACUGAAGAGGCCGACGUUCCACUCGAGUCGAGGCUCGCUGACCGGAGAGAACGGAGGAACGCCGCACAGCAGCAAGCGCACAGAUCCAAAGCGAGGGGCGGCGACGGCCAGCGGUCCGACCAGCCGCGCCGGCAGCAGAGCGGGCAGCCGGGCCAGCAGUCGCCGUGGCAGCGACGCGUCUGACGCCUCGGAGCUUCAGGACGCUCGCUCCGUCUGCUCCGACACUUCAGACACGCCAAGGCGGCCCGGCAGCGCCACCAAACCCUCCAAGAUCCCAACUAUAUCGAAGAAGACUCCCAGCCCCAAGACGCCAGGGUCUGCGAAGAAGUAAACCAGCUGAAGAAUCAGUCGGUGUUCUUGUUCUUCAUCCAGACGGCUGGUGUGAAAAUCCUGCACUAUAAGUGAUGUUUUUCCGGGGAAUGAAGGAGAUGGCGAUCCGAGUAAAUCUCCCUCUCACUCCUUCCCAAGUCUUGAAGACAUGCACAAGAGGAGAAGGUCUCUGGACCAGAAUCCGAGGGGUCAGCGAGAACUUUUCCCCCUUUAAAGCCCCAGUUUGCCUUCCAGUCUCCUCUUCUCAAACGUGAUGCUGCCUUACUUUAUGUUACACACAUUGUCGUGAUCAGAUGUCCGGCUUUCUAACUGACAGACGCACACUCGGACCCGUAGAGCGCGGGGCGCGGUGCUGCGUGGCGCGGAUCGGGGCACGCCGCCAACGCCGCAGCUACACAAACAGAAAAAGAAUUGUGGGAGAAUUAUUUUUACUUGUGGUCCAGAUGCCUCAAGGAUGCGUCAACAGAGAAAAUAUGCAACGACUGCCAUGUCUGUCGCUUGGCGAGAAAACCGUCACCUCAGCAGCGGCGGAGCUGAGGAAACGCUGUCUGACGCACACACACGCACACACACUUCCUGUGAGGAUCGGUGGAGGUGGUGACUCCGCCCAACCGCUGGAACGCUCCCCUCAGCCCCAAGCGUGCAUUUCAGCAAAGGGCGGUGUGGUUUCUUUUUCUCCUUUUUU